AUGUACACGUCCGCACCCGCUUUGUCCAGCCUGGCAAGUCCUGCCAAUGUGUCUCAGUCUCCUUCGCUGUAUACCCAGCCACCAGCACCAGGCCCUAUCGUGAUGCGCGCAUUGAUUAUCACCAGUGACGCUAGUGUCAUUAUUGGAAAACAGGGACGUCACAUCAAUGAAAUUCGCGAGCUAAGCGGCGCACGCCUCAAUAUUAGCGAAAGCAUUCCGUCGAAUCCAGAGCGCAUUCUGACUGUAUCGGGUGCUUUGGAUGCAGUUAGCAAAGCCUUUGGCUUGCUGGUGCGCCGCAUCAAUGACGAGCCAUUCGACCAGCCGUCCCUGCCUGGUGCCCGUGCUGCCUCGUUCCGCUUCAUUAUUCCCAACUCGCAUAUGGGAGCGAUUAUCGGUCGCCAGGGCAGCAAAAUCAAGGAAAUCCAGGAAGCCAGCGGUGCUCGUUUGCAUGCGGGCGAGACUAUGUUGCCCGGCUCCACCGAGCGGAUCUUGAAUAUCACAGGUGUGGCGGAUGCCCUUCACAUCGCCGUAUACUAUGUCGGAGCGACUUUGCUCGAGCAUCCUGACCGCGGCGCCAAUAAUCUCCCUUACCGCCCAGCUGCUAUGAAUCGAGCUUUGGGUACCUCGCUCAUGGGCUCUCCUAUUGGCACGGCAUCGCCGAAUUCUAGUAUGCUGAGCGCGGGUGGUAGCCCUAAAGUGCUCGGCUCGGUGCUGACCCCUGGUUUCCAGACGCAGCAAAUCUUUAUCCCAAAUGAUCUAGUUGGCUGUAUCAUUGGCAAGGGUGGCCAGAAAAUCAAUGAGAUUCGUCAACUAAGCGCUAGUCAUAUCAAAAUCAUGGAACGCAAUGCUGGCAUCGCUGCAGGCGGCAGUGGCACGGAGCGCCUUGUCACGAUCACGGGUCCCCCACCCAAUAUCCAGAUGGCCGUGACGCUGUUGUACCAGCGCCUCGAGCAAGAAAAGAUGCGCCUUGCUCAAAACACGCCUAUCCUAUAA